AUGUUCUUCUUCCCCAAAGAAACCAGCACAGCUCGUGUGAUUCUAAGACCUACAAUUACAAAGCCAUUGCAGAAAGUCAGCAUCUGCCUACGUACCUUCAGUGAACUUUCACGCGGCUAUGCUCUGUUGUCUGGUGCUACUUCAAAAUACUUUGAGGCCUUUCUAAUCAUGUUCUACCCUCCAGACUCCCAUAAUGUAUAUAUAAAUAAUGGACUCGUUGUUAUCAAGACAACCCCAGAGCCUCUAGACUGGAGGCACACCUGUAUGACCUGGGACUCUGACACUGGGUUGGUCCAAUUUUGGGUCAAUGGAAAUCCCUACCCUGGAGGAUUCUCUAGUAAAGGGUCUUCUAUCACAACAGAUAUCAUCCUUAUUCUGGGACAGGAACAAGACUCUUUUGGCGGAGGGUUUGAUGCUAAGCAGUCAUUGGUUGGUGAAAUAAGUGACAUCCACAUGUGGGAUUAUGUCCUGACACAAGAAGACAUCCAGAAGGUCCUCUCUGGUGAUCUCCAUGGGAAUAUCAUUAAUUGGAAGUCUCUUCUCUAUGAAAUUAAGGGGGAAGUUCUUGUCCAGCCAAAAAAUUUGCGUAAGUCUUUCCUCUUAAUUAUAUAUACUUUAAUCAUUAAGAUCCUCCAACGUUCAGUACAGAAUAUGGUGAUUUAUUUGUCAUGA